CAUAGCUAAAUAUGUUUUGUUUUUUUUGAAUCUCUGUCUAAAUUGCCAAAUGUCCAAUGAGGAGAACUUGCUACAAAGUUUUAUGAAAAAGUAUGGCGUGCAGGAGGAUGUUGCCCGUCACUAUCUGACAGCCAAUGACUGGGCCUUGGAGCGGGCCAGCUGCACAUACGAGUCGGACACGGCCGCGGGCAGCAGCAAUGCCAUUGAAACGUCCAGCACAGACCAGCAGGAUGAUGGCACCGAGGAUAACUUUGCCGCAAGCUCCACCAACACCCUAGUCCAGUCGGAGAAACGUGUCAGCAUCGAGAACUCCACUCCGGCCCUGACCAAUUUGGACAGCAGCCGCAGCAUGCGUGCCUGGGGGCAAGGCCUGCGUCUGGGCAGCGCUCAUCCGAUCAAUCCGUUGCCGCCACGGCGCCCAGCUCAGGACUCGGACACGGAGAACACGGAGAACGACAGCGAACAAACGAUUGUGGUGCUGAAUCUCUGGUCGGAGGGCUUCUCCGUGGACGGUGGCUCGCUCCGGCUGUACGAUGUGCCGGAGAAUGAACGUUUUCUGCGCUCCAUCCUGCGCGGGGACUUCCCCCCGGAGAUGCUGCUUCUGGGCCAAAGGUUGGAGCUGAGUGUCCAGGAUCACACCAACGAAUCCUACAGGCAUUUUACGCGCAAACAGUUUCUGGGCUCAGGGCGCCCGCUGGGCAAUCCCUCGAGUCACUUGGAUAUAACUCCGCCACCGGAGUCAUUGGACAGGCGCCAGGAGCAGCAUGCAGAGGGCAGACUGAACUUCGACGAGAGGUCAGCCAUGACCACUGUCCAGCUGCGUCUCUCCGAUGGCAGCCGCAUCUCGGCCCGCUUCAAUCCCACCCACAAUGUGGGCGAUCUCUACCGCUACGUCCGCCUGGCCCGACCCGAGUACUCCCACCGCAGCUUCGUGCUGAUGACGAGCUUUCCCCGCCAACAGCUGGACGAGACGGAUGUCCGCACCCUGAACGAGGCGAAUCUUUGCAAUGUAGUCAUCAUCCAACACAUGCACGAGGCACAGCCCGAGCAAUCCUUCAGCGACUUUUCUGAUGUGAAUCUUGACUAAAUCUGAAUAUAGACAGCGAAUUUAGCCCCUUUU